UCACGCACUGGCGUGAUGACGACAUCGGUCCUAGCAACCAGCAUGGCGACGGGAAAGCUUGGCUCUUUUUUUAUGUCUAUGGUCGAAGCUAGUUCGUAACUAGCUUGUUUCGCCGCGUUAACAUGAUAGGAUUUGAACAACCAGAGGCUUCUGGAUGUGCCCGACCUCUGCCUCCAUUCUUCUCGAAUAUAUCCGAAGAAAAUGGGAUACGCUGAAUUUAACUCUUCAAUGGAAUCGAGAACAGGGAGCGUUUCAUCUGGACUAGAGUGCAGCUCUGGAGUGAGAAGGCAGACAUUAAAAACUAGCCCUUUCUGUCCUCACCCCUCCAGCAAACUGACUCAGUCCAUCGUUAAAGAUCACAUGGUGUCUCAUUACAAAAAGAUUUACUCAGCUAAAGCUUCUAUAGAUACGUCAGUACCCAAAAGCUUGUUGCAAAGCGUGAAGUACAAUGACCAGAUCAGAAAGGAACAGCAGAGGAAAGGUGUUCGUCCUCAUUCAGCUUUCUCUUCUUCACGCCGGAAUAACACAACUUCCUGCUUCUCAGCUCAGCAGUAUGACGAGAGCCCCUACGUCUCCUCGAGGAGCUCCAUCGUCUCCACCCCCAGGUUAAACAGCUCCUUUAACGCCAAAGACGUUGUUUAUCCGUCUUGUUCAGUCAAUUCCCAUUACACCCGGCCAUCGUCAGAGAGGAGGUACCGAAGCCCUGAUGCAGCUUUUAAAAGAAAGCGGUCCACGUGUUCGCUGGCAGCUUCAAGAGAUCAGGGCUUCUACAAGACCUUCCAGGACCCUGUGAAGAAGACGUACAGCGGAGACUUGCUCGAAAAACAUUCCCAGCAUUUUACUCAAGAGAAACCGUUCACUCCCAAGACCCUGAAGUCAGAUAAGAGUUCAUACCUGUCAAAAUAUCGCUUCUACAGAGCACCACAGAUUAAAUCUUCCCAGGAAGACAGGAACUCAAGACUAUUGGGAGGGGAGACGGUUUGUAAAAGCACAAACCACAAGGAACACUCAGAAAAGCUAGAUAAUCAAUCCCAGGAAUAUUCUUCAGACCAUGAUUGGUCUGAAGAUGAGGUUCCUGGUACAUACUUAUCACCAUUACCACCACAGAAGCAUAAAAUGACAAGCCAAGAUCAUUAUCUCUUUCGCUCCUCAUCCAGGGUCUCUCCAGAAGGUGGGAAAUCCCCUAUCAGGAGCCUUAUUUUUGCAGAAGAAGAGGAGUUACUGUACCUAGAAUUCAUUUCUGCUGUGACGGAGGAUAUCCUGUCCAGGGGCCACAUCUCUGACAGGAUGCUGGAGCGGGUGAUGAAUCGACACAUUGAUAUGAAUCGUCAUCACCUUGAUGAGGGUAAAAUGCGCCACCUUCUGGAAGUGUUGCGUAACGAAUUUGAGGAACCGUCCAACAUAUUCACCUCAAGCAAAGACCCUCUGAAAAAUGGAAAAGCUUUUCUUGAUUCUAUAUUUUCCCAUUUGGAAUCUGAGUCUAAACCGGUAAAAACUAAAGAAGACAAAGACAUCAUAACCGAUGCAUCACUGAUUCAUCAGUGGGAUUUGCCCGAUUGUGGCGAUCUGCCACGGGUUUCUACACCCUCAUACUCUGCUGUAAGAACUGCUCCUUCAACCAAUAAAAGCAAAGAAGACGAGAAGGGAGAAAAUUACGAAGAAGCCGUUGGCUUAACGAUGUGUGGCGAUGAUGUCACAGAGAGUACAAUAGCCAGUCAAGAGGACUUCCACCGGACAGACAUAACUGUGAAUGUCCAUGACAAAAACCAUGAGCACACCUCUGUGAUUAGUGAUGUGAGCCGUGAGCCAUCUAAGGAGGUAGAGGAUCUGGGAAACAUUUUGUCAGAGUUGUUACAUGUGUCUAGCAACACAGACUCUGAAAACGUAGCACCUACUGAAGAGGGACACACGAACCAACACGAUGAUGUCAGUGAUGAUGAUUUCUGAGCGUUGCUUUACUCGGGGAUUGAUUGUCCCUUUUUUAGAUUUGGUUCCCAGAUGACUAUGCUUCAGACUGAACUGAAACAUUGGAGAUUUAUUAAAGUUGGUAAAAUCAUUUAGCACUGGUUAUGUUUCCCAUGUUUUACAAGGCACAUUAAAUAGGUGUUUUAUCUAUCUUUUUCUUUUUAAAUUCAUAGUUUUUGGUUAAAAUGUCCUCAAUCUUUUCGGAAAGUUGUGAUCUGGGUUUACUCUUGACCAUACAUGGCUGAGUUGCCAGCCAACUCAGGUUCUCUAAGCUAUCAUUAAGAUAUUGACACAUUUUUUUUUAUUAUGAUGUGCAGAUUCAUAAAGCUAGAUGUGUGAAAUAAAUAGUCUGAAUUAGAGCUGCACCAGUUUUACAGGAUAGAAAUAGCAUUGGCCAAAUUCAUGUCGAUUUGGUAUGAUCCAUAAUUGGCAGGUCAAAUUGAAAAUAAAUUUUUUUUGCCCCCUGUUCAUUAAAUGCACCAAAAUUAAAGCCUUCCACCCAUUUUGGAAAGAAAAUGCCUCAGCCUACCGUGUUUUGUUGAUGCACGUUUUGCGUGUAAUAAAAUCAGAUUCCUUCUCUUUUUUUCUUUUUUGUUGUUGUUGGGAGUUAAAACUAACUUUGAACACUCUUUUUAUGUGAAAAUGAAAUUGAAACAGGUCAAUUAGGCCUCAAAGAAAAAAGGUAUCUGCCAGAAAAGGCCUGAUUUGUGCAUUUCUAGUUCCAAUGCAUUGCCUGCUCAUUUGAAGUAUUAGGCAGCUGUAGCAUUGUGUUUGAGAACAAUGUACUCUUAAGUUUGUUUGCCUUUUUAUGCUUUUGAUAUGUAGUUUUUUUUCACCAGAAAGUGUCUUCUGUAAUGCAAUAAAUGGUUUCUCUUCUUGA